CAGGCAUCUUGAUCUUUUUUGCUAGCUCUGCCUCGCAGCUCCUUCUGGAAGAAUGAGCCCUGUAUUCAUUACAGCAGCUAGAGACAAAUUACAGAACAGACUCAAAAAGGAGCUAACCCAGAAGGAUCCUAAGCCCAACAGCAAAUGAGAGAUUUUUUUUCUUUGUGAACUACUUAGUUUUCCAGGAUUUUACAUCAUGAAUCAUCCAGACGGAGAAAGGAAAGGAACAGGGAUAGAAAGGCAGCCAACAUCAACACAGAAGAAAACGGAGUACCAAGCCACAGAACCCCCGGAUGGAGGGUGGGGAUGGAUGAUAGUGCUUCAUUUCUUUCUGGUAAACGUGUUUGUGAUGGGAAUGCUAAAGACUUUUGGAAUUUUCUUUGUGGUUUUCCAAGAAGAAAUUGGAGGCUCUUCAGAGAAGAUCAGCUGGAUUGGCUCCAUCAUGUCCUCUCUCCGCUUCCUAGGAGGUCAGCAGGAAUCUGCCCACUGGCUAGUGUAACUGCAGAGAAGCUGGGAGAGCGAUUAACUUCUGUCAUUGGGGCAGGCCUAAUUGGCAGUGGCUGCCUGAUCAGCACACUGGCUACUAGCAUCUCUUUCCUCUGUGUGUCUAUGGGGCUUCUGCUGGGGCUGGGUUUUGCUUGCUUGUAUCAAACUGCCGCCGUCAUGACUGCCAGAUACUUUAAGAAGCGACUAGCUCUAUCCGUUGCAAUUGCUCGGUCAGGAAUGGGAUUGACAUUUGUACUGGCACCUUUCACUCAACUUUUGAUAGACAUAUAUGGGUGGCAAGGUACAUUACUGAUAUUUGGAGGCAUCAUGUUAAACCUUGUGCCUUCAAGUAUGUUGCUUCGCCCUAUUAACCUCAAAUAUUCCCAAGACUCUCCUUGUAAAAAUAAAGGAAAUGGAUCACUAACACACGACAAACGUUCAGUGGCUGUCACUGACCACUGUGAUGAAAAUAGCAGCAAAGAAACGGAGUUGAAGGGCGGACUGGGGCAAGACUACAUUGUUACAAGCAAGUGCCAGUCAACUGGAACUGCAGGAUGUGUAGUUACAGUAAACUCCACUGGUUUGGAAGGGCCUGAGAAAGACCCCCCCAUCAGCAACUCUUCAGAUGCAGCCGAAAAGACUGAGAGCAGCUGUAAUAACCUCCAGUGGGCAAAGGAAAAGCCUAAGUCCCAGUCUGCUCCUUCCAAGCAACUUCUCCUCCAUCUCUCCCUGCUGAAAGAUCCUUUCUUCUGCAUUUUCACCUGGUCUUUUCUGUUCAGCCAGCUGGCCUACUUCAUUCCCACCUUCCACCUAGCAGCAAGAGCCAGAACACUGGGCAUAGACAACAUGAGUGCCUCCUACCUCAUUUCAGUGGCUGGGAUCACAGAGACAGUAAGCCAGCUGCUCUCAGGGUGGAUUGCUGAUCAGAACUGGACCAAGAAGUAUCAUUAUCAUAUGACUUACCUCACCCUGUGUGGCAUUACUAACCUGUUGUGCCCGCUGGCUACUUCUUUCCCAUUACUUAUGACCUAUACAGUAGCUUUUUCCAUUUUUGGCGGUGGAUACCUGGGUCUGCUGCUCCCUGUGCUGGUGGAUCUUGUAGGGGUCCCCAGACUCCACAGUUACUUAGGAUUUGCCUCAUUCUUUGCUGGGAUAGCAGCCAUCGCUGGACCUCCUAUAGCAGGUUGGCUGUACGAUUACACGCAGACAUAUGCCUGCUCCUUCCUCUUUGCUGGAACCUGUGCGCUCAUUUCACCCAUUUCCUUCUUCUUUGUGCCUCUGGCCCAGAAAUGGAAGCUAAAAAAAGAAGAUGGUUUGAGCAUAAUUACAGCUUAGCUGAAGAAGUUUUGCUGCAGUUGGGACGGGACAGUUUGGCUUGUGUACAAUAAGAAAGUGAACAUUAGGAGGCGUUCUUCACCAAGUAAUAAAAAGACACCAAGAUUAAAGAGAAGUGUCAUGUUUGAAGACAGAGACUCAAUUUAACUUACUCUGCUUAAAUGUUAUUGCUUCAUGCGACUGAAGUGGACUGAAUUAGUUUUAAGUUUUACUCAAAACAUCCAGGUGAAGAUGCAUUUCAGUCACUUUUUGGCUCCUAAAAUAUCCUGUUUGGUAGGAAGCCUAGUUGUCUUUUAUCAACUUUACUGCUUCCGUUUUUUGCAAAGAUGUAAUACAUUUAAACAUCAUUAGUCAGAGCCUUAGUUUUAGAAAAAUCAUUUCCAUUUCUUCAGCUCACAUAACCAGUGAUUUUAGCCUAAACAGUAAAAAACAGACUCACUUUCAGG